AUGGGUCGCCACUCAUCAACAUCAAGCUGUGCGAGUGCAUUGACAAACGGACCGGGACCUCCGACGAUGCCUUCUCCGGGGCCGCCGUCUUACCCGGGUCCCUACGACGGGCUCCCCGCCAAAUUCGUGCAAUCUAUGAAGACUCUAUUCGAUAUUCUCGAUGAGAAAGGAUCGGGCUUAGUUCCGCUGCGGGACAUUGAAACACGAUGGGCAAAGCAAGCGAAUGCUCAAGUUUUGGACAACUUGAGAAACGUUGCCGCUCAGAACAAGGGACAACUCUUGAGUUUCGACAGAUUCUGCUCGGCCCUGAAGAUGGCUCUAUUAGCGGAAUCGCCAAAGUCGUCCUGCAACAACAGCGUCUCGUCGGUGACGUCAGGCAGCAGUCAAAAUCCUGUUUCUCAGAGAAAUAUCCUUCUGGACCAUGGUAAAGUAAGCGAUACCAGUUUCGCGCCUACGAGAGCGGCGAGUGAGCCACCCAACACCAGUGACACGCUUUCCAAUCAGGGUGACUUGAAUCCGGCUGUACCUAAACUGAACGUAUCGUUCGAGAAUCUAUUGGAAACUCCGACUCAAUCGAAGCUUCCGCCCAGAAAACCAUUCUCUCCGUCGACCACCCACCAUACACAGCCACAGCAGCAACAACAACAACAACAAACAGGUCAUCAGCGGACAGCAAUAUUACCGCCAUCGAGCUCAAUGGUGCGGCCGCCAUCAGGUGUAAAAGUUCUGGGCAGACCAUCGGGCGCUUCCGGCCUUUCGGCCAAUACACCGUCCCAUAUCGGGAAUCGGAUUCCUCCUCCGGGGAGGCUGGGACCGCCACCGCAGAGUAAUAUCCGUCGAAUCGUUCGGCCCUCGGGGGGACCGAUUGAAUCAUCGAAGUUCCAAGUCACUCCCGUGCCGACGAACCCGGAAGGUCGCUCUCGGACCCCAGACAAUUUCCUCGAAAAUUCGGCGACUCAUACUCAGAGAGCAAUCAAACCACCGAUGACGCGAUCCGUGUCAAGUAUCGCGGAGACGAUGCCGAAAUCAAUGAAUGAAGCGGCAAACAGGAGUCCUUUCUCGAUGAGUUCGAUGCAAGGUCAGAAUCAAGUUCUGCUGCCGCCUGCGAAGAGCUCCUUUCCCGCGGUCGCUCCGCCCGCUGCCCGACGCGCGUAUUCCGUCAUGCACGAGAUCCACAAUCAAGGCCAUCACCAUAAUCAUAAUCACCAUCAUCAUGCGACCCAUCUCAACCACCAGGAUCAGUAUCUACAGCAGUACUCUCAGGGCAAAUGGGAGCCGAGUCAGGCAUGUCAGAAGCUGAGGAGCCUAUUCGUCGGCGAUUUCCAAGGCAGAUUCCUUGAAAUGGUACCCUACACGUCCGAAUUUCCACCUUUGCAGAGCUCCACGAGCGCGAUGAUGGCUCCGAUUCAGACUGAUCAAGUCCACACUGCGAAUAAGGUGUCUCUGGGCUCUGCGAUUCAUCGCGGGAACACAGCGGCCAAAACUCAAAUCGCUCAUCUGCCCCGUUUUAUACCGCAACCAUCAGCACCGAACUUCAAUCAUUCUCCCCAGUCUCAGAUGAGCGGGAGUGCGCCGAUGCAUCAAUCAACACCGAGUCCUACAGCUACAAGCGUGCCGAAUUCUCAGCCUCAAGCCGCUUUGGUCCGGAAUCCCAAUUCUCGCGAGCUCAAUGCUAUGGUUCGAGCGGUCCCUUGUCAAAGCUCCACCGCGAACGUUCAACAAACCCAGCAAGUGCCCAUGAGACAAAUGGCUACUCCGUUGCAGACACCGGGAGGGUCGAAACCAGAGAAACCACCGCGAAGGAGAGAACCGCGACGGCACACGCUGGCCCACGGCAUUGAAUACGGCACGAUACGUCGAUUGAAGCUGCUCGAACAGGAGAGAGAUGUUUUGCAAAAAGGUUUGCAAGCUGUGGAACGAGCCAAGGAUUGGUAUCUACGGCAGCUAAGUCUCCUACAAGAGAAGCUCCGAGCGCCCGUUCCAGCCCAUGGAGCACCAGAGUACUCCACGGAUGCCCAUGAGGAGAGACUUCGCUUCCAAAUGGCUCGAAUCCUUGACGUAAAUCAACAUCUCGCCGCUCUGGUCGACAGUGGAGAUAAGCCUUCGUUCCCGCUGCACAUGAAUUUAGCCCUGCUCAACAUCAAUGUGAACCAGAACUCGCUCCAAACACAGAAUCAGACACAGGUAAUUCAUACAAGCUCUUUCGACAUUAAGAUUUCUCCGGGUGAGGCCAAACGACUACGGGAACACAAUCUCAAACUGAGCUCGGACUUGGAGAAGAGACAGGAGCUCAUCGCGCAGCUGGAAGCGGAGAAGACUCAACUAGUCCGAGAGCUUUUCGCUUCCAAAGCUCAACAACAACAGCAGCAGCAACAACAACAACAAGCCCAGAGGUACCGGAGUCAGGGUCCGAAUACUGCCGACACCACACUUAUGUAG